AUGCGCAUUUCUUACGCACUCGCGGUCACGGUGGCAACUCUCCUUGUUCCUAGCAACGCGCUCGUGAGCUCAAAGCCUGCGAUGCUGUCUCCACCCGAAGAGCCAAGUCAGCGUCAUUUGCGGUCUCACGACACCCCUGUUCUGGUAGAUGACUACAAUGCUGAUGAGGAGAGGGGUCUAGAUAACGCAAAGAUGAAGAGCAUGUGGAAGGAUGGAUGGAGUGCUGACAACUAUGCCACGAAGCUGGGCAUCGCGGACGAUAUUGCGCACGCUGAAACUUCGACCGGCGCUCUUCAGCAGCUUAUGCAAACCCACAAGUACGAAAAGUACAAGACGUACCUCAACUAUUUGAUAACCAAAAACAAGAAGAAGCAGCCGAAUCUUGUCUACUACUCAUAA